AUGCGUACUUCUCUCGCCGCAUUCAUGGCUUUUGCCGCACUAGUCUGUACUACUGGUGCCGUCCCUAUGGCGUCUCCAUCAGAAAUCACAGAGAGAGACGCCUCUGGCGCUGUCCUUAAUACUCGCUUCCUUACUUACGAAGAUGCGGUCAACAAGAGAGACAUCGAGGAGCGUGAUGCCUCUAGCGCUGUGCUGAAUACUCGCUUCCUUACCUACGAGGAUGCCAUCAACAAGAGAUUCGUCAUCGAAGAGCGUGAUGCCUCCGGCGCCGUGCUCAACACUCGUUUCCUCACCUACGAGGACACAGUCAGCAAGCGCGAUGCUUCCGGUGCUGUGUUGAACACUCGCUUCCUUACCUACGAGGAUGCUAUCAACAAGCGAUUCGUCAUUGAAGAGCGUGAUGCCUCUGGCGCUGUGCUCAAUACCCGUUUCCUCACUUACGAGGACGCGGUCAGCAAGAGAGAUUUUGAGGAGCGAGAUGCUUCCGGUGCUGUGUUGAACACUCGCUUCCUGACCUACGAAGACUCAGCCUAA